AUGCAUGCAAAUGUCAUUUACAAAGGACAGACGAAGCAGCUACCUUUAUUGGUGGUUAGAGUGGAGGGCCCAAACCUAUUGAGUAGAGAUUGGCUCAAGGCAGUGAGACUAGACUGGACAGCCAUAUUCAAACUCCAAGAAGGACAGCAGCAAGAGUUAGAGACUCUGCUGUCACAACACCAGGAUGUGUUUAAAGGUGAAUUAGGCACACUAGUGGGGGCUACCGCUAAAAUCUAUGUAGACCCAGAGGCCAAGCCUCGCUACUUUAAGGCUAGGCCCUUGGCAUAUGCGCUCAAAGAAAAAGUUGAAACUGAGUUGACCAGGCUGCAGAAGGAAGGGAUCUUAGAGCCUGUUAGUUUUGCUGAGUGGGCAGCCCCAAUAGUCCCCAUAGUCAAACCAGACAAGAGCAUAAGGAUAUGUGGUGACUACAAAGUUACAGUGAAUCCAGUGUCAAAGCUUCCAAAGACGGAAGACUUGCUGGCAGUGCUGGGAGGAGGGCACAAGUUCACUAAACUGGACAUGUCUCAGGCUUACCAGCAGCUGCCACUGGAGGAAAAUUCCAAGACAUUCACAACAAUAAACACACAUCGUGGACUGUAUCAGUACACCAGACUGCCCUAUGGGGUGUCCUCAGCCCCAGGCAUUUUUCAGCGCACCAUGGACAAUUUACUACAGGGGCUUCCUCAGGUGGUGGUGCGAGUAGACGACAUGCUUGUGACGGGGAAGGACGAUGCCAGCCAUCUACAGAAUUUAGGGACGGUACUGUCCAGACUGAAUGCAGCAGGACUCCGCCUUAAGCGAGAGAAAUGCAUUUUCAUGGCGCCAGAGGUGGUGUAUCUGGGCUACCGAAUAAAUCAUGCAGGGAUUCAACCAGUGGCAGACAAAGUUGAGGCCAUUGCAAAUGCAACUGCACCAACAAACCAGACUCAGCUUAAGUCAUUCCUGGGGAUGCUGAACUAUUAUCAUCGCUUCUUGCCGAAUGUAGCCACUGUGCUGGAGCCCCUGCAUGAACUCUUCAGAAAAGGAGUGCCAUGGAAAUGGGAGAAAUGUCAUGAGAGUGCCUUUGACGCAGCGAAAAAGUGCCUCCAGUCUGAACAACUGUUAAUGCAUUUUGAUGACACAAAACCCCUCUACCUGGCCUGUGAUGCAUCCCCAUAUGGCGUGGGAGCAGUGUUAUCCCACCGGCUCCAAGACGGCGCAGAUAGACCCAUAGGAUACAUGUCACGGUCCUUGUCAUCGGCAGAACGUGGUUACUCUCAGCUGGAAAAGGAGGCUCUGGCUAUAAUAUUUGGCCUAAAAAAAUUCCACCAGUACCUGUAUGGAAAACAUUGUACCAUAGUCACAGACCACAAACCACUCCUGGGUCUCUUUGGAGAGCUUAAGGGCAUCCCACAGCAGGCGGCUGCCAGAAUGCAAAGGUGGGCAUUGAUGCUCGCGGCCUAUGAAUACACCUUGGAGUAUAAGGAGGGCUCCAGACAUGGGAAUGCCGAUGCCUUGAGCAGACUUCCUCUGCCGAGCCGUCCCAAGGCCACACCCCAGGAGGAGGAGGUGGUGAUGCUUAUGGAACACAUGAAUGGCACACCAGUGCAAGUCAAGCAGAUCCGCGACUGGACACGGAGAGACCGCGUACUGUCAAGAAUACAGCAGUGGCUGAGACAAGGCUCUUGGCCCGUCACCUGCACAGAUCCCGAGCUCCAGCCCUACGUAAGACGGCAGCAUGAACUGAGCAUGGAGGAUGGGUGUAUACUGUGGGGUAGCAGGGUGAUAAUACCCCCUCAAGGAAGAGAGACCAUGAUAGAAGAACUACAUGAGGCCCAUCCAGGAGCCUCAAAGAUCAAAAUGCUAGCUCGAAGCUAUGUGUGGUGGCCGAACAUGGAUGCUGAGCUGGAAGCAGCAGUGCGUAAAUGUCACGUUUGUCAAAUCAACCAAGCCUCUCCAGCUGCAGCGCCCUUACAUCCGUGGGAGUGGCCCGCACAACCAUGGAUGAGACUGCAUGUGGAUUUUUGCGGGCCAGUUUCAGGAAAAAUGUUCCUGAUUGUCAUUGAUGCUUACUCGAAGUGGAUUGAAGCUCAUCCAAUGCAGGCUGUAACAUCCACCGCUACCAUAGAAAAGUUGCGAAGCAUAUUCGCCACUCAUGGAAUACCAGCUGUCCUGGUCAGCGACAAUGGGCCUAGUCUAGUCAGUGCCGAAUUCAAACAAUUCCUUACCAAGAAUGGCAUAAAGCAUGUCACCACAGCACCUUAUCAUCCAUCUUCAAAUGGCUGCGCAGAGCGUGCAGUGCGGGUGUUCAAGGAAGGCAUCAGGAAGAUGGGGGAGGGGAGUCUGGAGACAAAAGUCUCAAGGUUCCUGUUUAAGUAUCGAUCAACCCCUCAGACCACAACUGGGUCCACACCAGCUGAGCUCCUCAUGAAUAGGAGACUCAGGAGUGUUCUUGAUUUAGUUUGCCCUGCACUUGGAGACAAAGUGGGACAGAAACAGGCCAUGCAGAAAGAAUAUCAUGACAAGCAUGCCAGAGACAGAGCAUUCACAGAAUCAGACCAAGUCUAUGUGAGAGGAUAUUCGGGUCAGAAGUGGAUCCCUGCAACGCUCAUCGAGAGGACAGGGCCAGUUUCAUGGAGGGUGAAAACACAAGAUGGAAAAGUGGCCAGGCGACAUCAGGACCAGAUCCGUCCUCGUUACGAUCAGGACAGAGUGGAAGCCACCUUUCAAGAGGAAAGCGUACCAGAAAACCUGGCUCCUCCCGAACUGUCAGAUCCAGAGCCAGAGCCAGAGCCGCCGGCACAGGAGACAGGUGGCCCAGGGCCGCCUGAACCUUCUCUUGAGGAGGAACCACGUUUCCCAGUCAGACUUAGGCAGGCACCCACUUAUCUCAAGAACUACGUCCUUCCAGGGGCACAAUAA